AUGUUAAGGUCUAUUAAACCAGGAGUAGGACUCUCAUUGAGAGCCUUCUCGAUAUCUAGUUUGUCUUAUUCCUGCUCAUCGCUUUCGGUUGAUAUCAAAUUGCCUAAUGGAAUUAAAUACAAACAACCUACCGGGCUUUUUAUUGGCAAUGAAUUUGUCAAAUCAAAACAGGAAAAGACUUUUGAAGUCAUCAACCCAUCCAUAGAUGAGGUCAUUACAUCAGUUUAUGAAGCUAAAGAAGACGAUACUGAGUUGGCAAUUGAUGCAGCUCGAUUAGCGUUUCAAGGCGGAUGGCCAACAUGUGAUCCAAUGAUUAGAUCUAGUGCAAUUAAUAAACUAGCGGAUUUGGUUGAAGAAAACAAAGAAGUUAUUGCCGGCAUUGAAUCUCUUGAUAACGGUAAAGCAUUACCACUCGCUUGUAAGGACGUGGAUUUUGCAAUUCAAUGCCUUAGAUUCUCAGAAACCUUGGCUCAGUACCCUUUUGGAAGGGUGAUUAAUGGUGGACCUAAUUCACUUAAUUACACUCGGCGUGAACCGAUUGGAAAAAUUGGGCCAGCAUUAGUAACUGGUAAUAGUGUGGUUUUGAAGCCAGCCGAAUGCACCCCUUUGACAGCAUUAUAUGUCUCUCAAUUUAUUAAGGAAGCAGGGAUUCCAUCAGGUGUAUAUAAUUUGGUUUCCGGAUUAGGUACCACUGUUGGUGAGUAUUUAUCAAGGUCUCCUAAAGUUGAUAAAGUGGCAUUCACUGGAUCAACAGCUACCGGAAAAAGAAUUCUUCAAAACGCAGCAGAUACGAAUUUGAAGAAAGUCACUUUGGAGUUGGGUGGAAAAUCUCCAAACAUUGUAUUUGAAGAUUGUGAUAUAGAACUGACAGUUAAAAAUAUCAUUUUUUCCAUUUAUGUUAAUGCCGGUCAAGUUUGUUGUGCUGGGUCAAGGCUUUUUGUUCAAGAAGGAAUAAAAGAUAAAUUGGUGGAUAAAUCAAUCCAGGCAAUUUCUCAGCUCAAGGUUGGUGAUCCAUUUGAGGAAGGGACUUUCCAAGGGCCAAUAUCUUCUAGAAAACAAUUUGAUAAAGUUAUGAAGUAUAUUGAGCUUGGAAAGCAAGAGGGGGCAAAAGUUCUCAUUGGUGGAGAGCGUCAUGGUGAUCGAGGAUUUUUCAUCAAACCAACAAUUUUCACAAGUACCACACACAAAAUGAAGAUAGUUAAGGGAGAAAUAUUUGGCCCAGUGCUUGUAUUGGAUACUUUUAAAACUAUUGAUGAGGUUGUAGCAAAGGCUAAUGAUACCGAUUAUGGUUUAGCUGCUGGUGCUCACACGGCCAAUUUGAAAAAUGCUAUUGAUGUUACCAAUAAGUUGAGAGCAGGAACGGUUUGGAUAAACACAUAUAAUGAUAAUCAUUAUAAUUUGCCUUUCGGGGGUUAUAAGUAUAGUGGUUUUGGAAGAGAGCUUGGCUUUGAGGUUGUUGAUAAUUAUACUCAAAUUAAGGCUGUCCGAAUGAAGUUUUAA